ACUAUUUCCUCUUUCUUCUUCUCCAAGUCUCUCCCUAUUGCAUUCUCUCUGGUCUUUCUUAUCUACGAUCAUUUAGUUUUCUUCUCUCCGGCAGGAAGAUCAUUACAAAAUGACUCUCAUUAAUGCAAGUUACUUACUCUCUUUAAUUCGUAGCUAUUUCUUCUUUCUAUAAUACCGCCAGUAGUUUAUCGGGAAGCAAUCAAACAAAAAAGUGCAACGGACGAGUCUUUUUGUGCACCACAUUGGGGGUUAUCGGCCGAUGAGCCUUAGCUUCGAUUUGUCCGCCUUCGAUUAUACGAAGGGCGAGUUUUCAUUGGUUGUUUAGGGCGGUGCUGGUUGGAGGAUAAGGAGGUGUUGGUUGGAGGCUUGGAUUGGUGGAGAGGGCGGCGGGCGUGGCUUUAUAUCCAAGCAGUCCGAGAGAUUCAGGGAGGAACACAGAGUGCAGGCGGCUGUUUUGUUAGCAGAAGCAGCGGCUGAGGUGGGGGGUAUACAGAAGGUCUAUGGAUAGCGUUGUUGAUUGGUAUAAGCAGAUGGCGAUCGGUGAUGACGAAGAAGAACUGAAUCUUGAUGAAGGGGAGGUUGAGAGCAGUCCGGUGGAGGAGGCGGCGAUCGGUUUCCCAGUGAUCGGCCAAGUUCUUAUUGACUGCAAGGUCAAAUUUCCGGACCUCAAGAAGACGAUGCUUUCGCUUUGGCGGCCGGGGAAAGAUAAUUUUUGUCCCCUAAAUUAUGAAGAAGGCUUAGUUUUAGAAAAAAGAUUUGGACCCCAACUAAGAGCAGGUAGUGGGGUGAACACGAGCCCGAUAGGAGGACAUAGUUGGCUCUUGGAGGGUUCAUCGAGCUCAAACAGAACGGGUGGAGGCCCAGGGGAAUCCAAAGCAGAAGGAAAGAUAGUAGAAAAGGAGAAAGUAUCCAUGACUGAAUCAGCCCAAAGCUUCACACAAGGGGCCAUGGUCACCUCCAGCCCCUCCCUGUCUCCACCCCUGGUGGGGAGGAGCCAAAGAAAGAAGUUUCUAAGAGGAGGAAGAUAUGGGAGACUCAAACAGAGAAGGAGCAAGUGGAGGACACCAUGGCUUUGGACGGAGCAAAAAACGGGGAGGAGGCAGGCUUUGCUCCAUAAGCCCGUCGAAGAUGUAGGUUGCAGGAUGGAGGUCACUCGCCAGAGGGAUUCUUCAGGUGUUAUGCCUGUGUCAGGAGUGUUUUUUAUUUUACUUUGUUUGCUACUUCAAUAAUUGUUGCUUUUAUUUUGAUGUUUGUUUCUUUGUUUACGUUCCACUUUGUAAGAGUUGAUUUUGGAUAUGGGGAUGAGGGGAGUAUGACGACCGUUUUUGGCUUUGUGUUUCCCAAUAAUGGAUCAGCGAAUUGUAUUGCUGUGACGAUUAAUUCCGAGUCUGGUUCGAGU